CAUCUAGAACGGUUAAAAUAAAGAUAAAAUACUAAAUGUAAAAGUGAUUAAAUAUAAUAAUAAUAAAGCUAAGAAACAAGAUUAAUUAAGAUAUAAAAAUAAUUGUAAAACAAUAAAAUAAUAAAAGUGAAAAUAUAAAGAGAAAAUGCUAAAUAAAUAACUUACAGAUUUAAAUAAAUGUGAUUUUAAUUAAAAGCUGUUAAUAAAUUAUGGAAAAUACCUUUAAGACAUAAAACAAAAACUAAAACAAUUUAAAAAAUUAAUAUAAAAUAAUUAAAAUACUCCUAAUGCAAUUAAUUAACUAUUCAUACAGAUCUAAAGAAUAAAUAAUUUGCAUAAAAUUAUUGAUAGAAAAAAUAAAUCAGUUAAUUAAAAUUGUUAUACAAUCUGCAUUUACUUAGCAAUCAAAUUUAAAUUAUUAAUAAUUUUGCCUUUAAUAUUCUUUGAAAAAAAGUCAACAAAAUGUUGUUUAAUUUAUCGCGUAAAAACUUCUUAUUCCUCUUACUAUUAAGUUCCAUUGUGAUUAUUGUCAUAAUUAUAUUCUGUACAACAACGAGUGUUAAAACAUCAUUCGAAUGUUUCAAUACGGAAGUGGAUACGAAAAAUUCAACAUUGGAAUUAGUGCAUAUUGUUUUAAGACAUGGUCCCAGAACACCAGUAGAUACUUAUCCCAAAGAUCCAUAUGCUAAUGGGGGAUUUGAGCCCACCGGUUGGGGACAUAUAACCAAUAAAGGUAAACGGGAACUAUAUGAAUUGGGAAAAUUAUUAAAUAAACGCUAUGGAAAAUAUAUGGAGCCCUACUAUACACCAGAUAGAGUUUAUGCCCAAGCUACGGCCUCUCCCAGAGCCAUGAUGACCUUGUCUACUGUAUUGGCCAGUAUGUUUCCUCCCCACAAUACACCCAUGGAAUGGCAUCCUACCCUUAAUUGGCAGCCCAUACCCAUAUUCUCUGAACCCUUGGAUCAAGAUUCAUUGCUGUUGGUGCGCACCCCCUGCCCGCGAUAUUUUGAAGCCCGUGAUGAGGUUUUCGAAUUGCCCGAGGUUAAGGCGGAAAUGUUGAAAUACCAGCCGCUGUUUAAAAAUCUAACAGAGAUAACUGGCAUGAAUAUAACAAAUGCCGAACAUAUCAAUUCACUUUAUAUAACGUUGGAGGCGGAAAGAGAUUUUGGUUUGGCCUUACCCGAUUGGACUAAAGAUUAUUUCCCCGAGAAAAUGCAAUUUUUGGCGGAGCAAAGUUAUGUUUACAAUGCCUAUACCAGAGAAAUGCAAAAAAUAAAAGGAGGACCAUUUUUAAGGAAAAUGUACGAUGAGAUGUUAAAGAAAAGGGCUCAGAAAUUGAAGCCUUUUGAUAGGAAAAUGUUUAUUUACACCGGUCACGAUUGGACAGUGGGCAAUAUAUUGUCAGCUUUGAAAAUAUGGGACAGACAAAUGCCUAGGUUUUCGGUAAUGGCCAUAUUUGAACUGCAUAAGAAUCCCAUAACUCAGGAGUACUAUGUGGAGAUCUUUUUGCGUAAUGACGAGCAAGGCUGCCUUAGACAAUUGCAAAUACCCCACUGUGAGCUUAAGUGUCCCCUGGACAAGUUGCUGCUACUUAGCCAAGAUGUCAUACCAAAUGAACCGUAUGCACAACGUUGUGCGGCCAAAAAUAGUAACUUCAUUGAGCCACCACCAAGGCUGAUUGAUCAGUAACUUGUAGCUGAUCACUUGCAAACAUUAAAGAGCUGGCCUUGUACAUAGCAAACCAACCAACCACCCUAUAAUUAGUUAUAA